GGAAAGGCAAGCGUGAGCUGCCUUAAAUGCUUGGAAUAAUUCCGCUUCCGUUUGGAAAGCCGCAGCCUCAGUCCCGCCGCGCCCGCCCAGCGCCAGCUCCGCGUCCCGACCGGCCCGCGGCUGUCCGCUCCACCGCCAUGGCCUCCUCCCCGCAAAAGUCGCCCUCGGUCCCCAAGUCCCCCACUCCCAAGUCGCCCCCAUCCCGGAAGAAAGAUGACUCCUUCUUGGGGAAACUCGGCGGGACUCUGGCCCGGAGGAAGAAAGCCAAAGAGGUGUCCGAGCUUCAGGAGGAGGGCAUGAAUGCCAUCAACCUGCCCCUCAGCCCCAUCCCCUUCGAGCUGGACCCGGAGGACACCAUGCUGGAGGAGAAUGAAGUGCGAACAAUGGUGGAUCCAAACUCGCGCAGCGACCCCAAACUCCAAGAACUGAUGAAGGUAUUAAUUGACUGGAUUAAUGACGUGCUGGUUGGAGAAAGAAUCAUUGUGAAAGACCUGGCUGAGGAUUUAUAUGACGGACAAGUCCUGCAGAAGCUGUUUGAGAAACUGGAGAGUGAGAAGCUGAACGUGGCCGAGGUCACCCAGUCAGAGAUUGCGCAGAAGCAAAAGCUGCAGACUGUCCUGGAGAAGAUCAACGAAACCCUGAAACUUCCUCCCAGAAGCAUCAAGUGGAAUGUGGACUCUGUUCAUGCCAAGAGCCUGGUAGCCAUCCUGCACCUGCUGGUUGCUCUGUCCCAGUAUUUCAGGGCCCCAAUCCGACUGCCAGACCAUGUUUCCAUCCAAGUGGUUGUGGUCCAGAAACGAGAAGGAAUCCUCCAGUCUCGGCAAAUCCAAGAGGAAAUAACUGGUAACACAGAGGCUCUCUCUGGAAGGCAUGAACGUGAUGCCUUCGACACCUUGUUCGACCAUGCACCCGAUAAGCUCAACGUGGUGAAAAAGACUCUCAUCACUUUUGUGAACAAGCACCUGAAUAAACUGAACCUGGAGGUCACAGAACUGGAAACCCAGUUUGCAGAUGGGGUGUACCUGGUGCUACUCAUGGGGCUCCUGGAGGGCUACUUUGUGCCCCUGCACAGCUUCUUCCUGACCCCGGACAGCUUUGAACAGAAGGUCUUAAACGUCUCCUUUGCCUUUGAGCUCAUGCAAGAUGGAGGGUUGGAAAAGCCAAAACCUCGGCCAGAAGACAUCGUCAACUGUGACCUGAAAUCCACGCUGCGAGUGUUGUACAACCUCUUCACCAAGUACCGGAACAUGGACUGAGGGGCAGACCGCACCAUCCUCCGAGCCACCUUAACCUGCUUAUUCCUGCCUCCCCUCUGUGCCAUCCCACAAAGUCCAGCCACAACCCAGAAAUCACGGGACCUGAAUUAGGAAGGAAACGAUCAGAAACUCCGGGCUGACCCACACCUCCCAGGCCCUAGGUCGGAGCCAGCUGUGGCCUCAGAAGAUUGUCCCCAUCCUGGUGCUGGAUCCAGAUUUCCCUCUGUCACUUGGGAACCAGCUUAGGUCCAGGAGACACACACACACACACACACACCCAGAAGAUGAAAAUAGAGAUAAUAGUUACCACUUAAUGGGUGUAAACUAUGUGCCAGACAUCACACGAAGUGCUCUGAUGUACUCAAACUCAUUAGUUCUCGUGACUUCCGCUGAAGCCGGUGUUAUACACCCCUUUCCCAGAUGAGGAAAAGGCUCAGAGAGGUAAAGAGACGUGCCAGAACUUGGCAUUUGUUUUUCCUCUUUGAACAACAUACGUAUUUGUUAAUAACUAGCCAAUUACAUCAACGUUCUUUGCCUGUCCUAUAGUUGUAUGUGUGCACGCACACCCACAAAGAAGACAGGCGCCCACUGACCUCGCCACCAAGCAGGCCAGGAGGGCUUAGUGAUUCACACUCAAAUUGGCAAAUUUAAUCCAAUUAAUAGUGUAUGUGUGGCAGGAAUCAUGUCCCUCAGCUCCUUUGUACAAAUGAAAAUUGCUCUUAAUUCCUUCAGAUUUGUAAUAACCCCAUGCUCUGGUUUCAGGGUGACAUUUGGGAAGGAUUCUGUUUAAAAUUAAUGGAGUGGCACAUUUCACAACCUUUUUGCUUGAUUGCAUGUAAUGGAAGUGCCCCAUAUUUUACUGCAAAAUAAGUACUCAAUUCAUUAUCAUCAGGCAAAUGUAUAAUAUACGCCAGCACCACCGAGAGCUGGGCAUAGACCCACGUGAGCAUGGCUUGGGAAGUAGGGCUCUUCACCGGGAACCCUUGAACUUUAAAGAAAGGAACUCCUCUUUGCCUUCUAAUUGAUCAUUUAGACCAUUCCUGGCUAAGUCUGCCCACAUGCAAUUACCGGCUAAUUCAGGCGAGGAAAAAUGUAAGCCAUUCAGACCCAAGCCGAGCCGUUUCCUUGCGUGGGCUACUGGCGGGCUUAUGGGGACUUGCAUCCCCGCUCUGUGAACCCAGCUUGGAAACACAAGGCUCUAGUUGUCCCAGGCUGCCGGGGCCCUUGCGAAUAGGAAAGAGGCUAAAGCUGGGGUGACUAGGAGGACAGAAGCAUGCUGGGUGGGGGGCGGGGGA